UACUAUCUGUAGUGAAAUGGAAUAGAUAAAUUUAAUUAGCCAUGCGGCAUGCUGCAGCCCGCAAGCUUUUUUAAUCACUUCUUCAAAAGUUUAAAGAAGGCGACUCGCGAUAGCUAGAAUCUAAAUUCUAGAACUUGCCACUUGGUAGUUUUAUACGGCUGACGGUUAACUAUUACAAGAUUAAAGCAACGAUAGUUUUGUAGUUACCAAGAUUCUUAACUAUGUACAUUGAAAAAGGAAACGUCAAUGAAAUACCUCCAGAUGCGAUUCGCCUUACUAAUGAUGAAGUCGUGAAAUACAUGAAAGAUUUAGUACACAAAUGGCCAAAGUUGUCUGAUGUAUGGGCGUUAAAAUAUGGAAAUCCUAUUUUGUCGUCUGCAGCUGUCAUUUCAAAUACUCUUAUUUUGAAUUUUUACCGAAAAAAAUUAAAAUUAAGAAACUAUGGUCGUUUUACAUUGUUUAUUCCUAUAGUUUUUUUAUCUUCAAUUGUUGAUCAAGUUUUUCAAAAUUCAUUAGUAACAAGAUCUAUAAUAUUACAAGAUGAAUGUCCUACUUGUACUACUAGUCGAUCUGUAACCAUACAACUAGGUACAGGAAUCAUUUAUCCUGUAUUGGCUACAAUUGCUGGGACUUAUGUGUUUGGGUCCAAAAUGGGCACAGUCAACUUGAAGUCUGCCGACCGUAUAAUGAAAAUACAGGAAUUUCUCAAUCAUGUAGCACAUACUUCUCGUCCAUUUUACAACCGGCUUGCUCUUUUCUCAAUUAGCCAUGUUAUAUUAAGUUAUGCUAUUUGCUAUUUUCAAAUGAAAUCUUAUGAAUACCUAAGAUUUAAAAUGUUGGAACAAUCAAAAGAAGAAACAAAAAUUGUACAUACAAAUUCCAAAAAUAAAGCCUAGUGUAAUUUAGUAUUUUUAUUUUAGUAAAAUUAGUAAGCUGUAUUAGUAAAUAGUAAUAUUGUUAACUUACAAAAUUACAUGUGAUUAAUGAGUUUCAAUUAUAAUAUUGUUUUUAAAUCUACUGUUACAAUUAUAAAUGACUAUAGAAAUGUUGAA